ACAAGAAAAUAAAACUCACAGAAUGAUGGAGAGAGACCGACCCGCCAUCCAGAUCAUUGAUGGCUUCCGCUUGCCGGGAUUCUUCUCCGAAGAGGCCUACCGGAGCGGUCUUCGCUAUCAACCAGAGGACAGCGACAUCAUCCUGGUUACCUUCCCCAAGUGCGGCACUCACUGGGUGCUGGAAAUUGUCAAGGCGUGCUUCCGAGUCUGCAGGGGCGUCACACCGGGAUGGAGCUUUCUCGAGGUGCACGGUCUGGACGGCACCCUAAGGGCCGACAGACCGCGAAUCAUUUUCACUCACCUGCCCUUUCACUUGGCGCCUUUCUCGCCAUUCACCAAGUAUAUAUACGUGGCCAGGAACCCUAAAGACUGUUGCGUGUCUUUUUACCAUCACACAAAAAGACAUACAGAAUACUGUUUUCAAGAUGGAACUUUUGACGAGUAUUUCGAACUUUUCAUCGAGGGCCUCACGGACUCCGGCAGCUACUUUGAAAACCUUCUAUCUUGGUACGCCAAGAAAGACGAGCCUAACGUGCUGUUUCUCACGUACGAGUCGAUUCAUGCUGACAUGAAGGGAUCUGUGCUAAAGAUGGCUGGUUUCAUUGAUGGCGAACUCGCUAAGGAGCUUGCGGAAGACGAAGCAAAAAUGGCGGCUGUAAUUGACAGUACGAGUAUGACGGAGAUGGUGAAGGAUUGGGGAGUACAGUUCGUGAGGAAAGGCGUCAUUGGAGACUGGAGGAAUUACUUUUCGAAAGAACAGUCCGAGCGACUGGAGAAAAAGUUUUUCAAGGAAAUGGAAGGUACUUCUGUGCCAAGUCUUUGGGAUGACGUGGACUGGCUUCUGGAUUGUAAAGAGGCCGCCUAGAUGCUAAUGUAUGACUAAUUAGCUAAAGCAUCAACAAUAAUGACUCUGUUCCACCGUUCAUCGAAAAAAAAAACAUUUUGUCGUGUGGUUAGUAUUGUACUAACCACGCGGCAGAAAAUGUGUCGUCAGCUGUCUUUGACUACGUCGCUAUAAACAAAAGAAAACGCUUGGCGUAGUGAAUUUUGGUUAUAGUAUUGUCGCUUCUCUGCCAAUUA